AUGGCAUCGGGUAUUUUUCGAUUUUCUGUGAUUGUUUUUUUGGUUUUGCUUUUCGGUUCAUCUUUAUAUGUUAAUGCUGAUGAUAGCGUGAAGGGGUGUCCUUUCACCUCAAUAUAUAACUUUGGUACGUUAUCCAAGAAUACUGGCACACAUGGUAAUUCUGAAGUUAUAGAUUACAUAUCAUCAGCGUUUCAUCUUCCUUCACCUAAGCCAUAUGCAGUAAAUAAGGAAGAUUGGAAGUUUCCUUAUGGAGCAGACUUAGCAGUAGAAGGUGCAACUGCGCUUGAGUGGUCGUUUACAAACAGUUCUAUCAGCAAACAAGUUGGCGAGUUCAUGACGCAUUUGUCAUCUAUUUGCUCAAAUGGUGACGAGUGCAGGAAGAAGCUUCGUCAUGCAGUUUUCUUGGUGGAGGAAUUUGGAAGCAGGGACUACUAUCCUGCGCCCUUAGAGGGUAUACACACCACGGAGGUGCUGGAUAAUCUCGUGCCUAAAGUAGUUGAAUCAAUUACAAAUUCUGUAAUUAGAUUGACCCAUACUGGUGCUAAGAACAUCAUGGUUCAUGGAACUUUACCUUUUGGAUGCCAACCAAAUUAUUUGCAGCAGUUCGGUAGCAAACAUCCAACCAGCAAGGAUCACUCGUACAGGUGUUUGAAUAAAUUCAACUUGCUCUCCAGGAAUCAAAAUAGCCAUCUACACCGGGCACUGGUGGAGCUAAGAAGCCAGCAUCCUGGGGUUCAGAUAGUAUUUGCUGAUUAG